AUGGCAUUCAUCUUACCGUUUAAGCAAGUUGAUGUUUUCACUAACGUACCCUUUAAAGGUAAUCCAGUUGCGGUCAUCAAUUGCUUGAACAUCACUGAAGACCAAAUAUCUUCGAAGCAAAUGCAAGCAGUUGCUAAUUGGACGAAUUUGUCAGAGACUACUUUCAUCUUCAAGUCUUCACACCCUGAAUGCCAUUACAAAAUAAGAAUUUUCACUCCUCUGAAUGAGUUACCUCUAGCUGGCCAUCCGAUGAUCGGUACGUGCAAGGCCUUCCUGGAGUUUACCGAAACAAAAAACGUUUCAAAGAUGUACUGCGAAAGCAAACUUGGCGUUAUUGAAUUGUCAAUUGCGAGUACGGGUGAAAUAUCGUUUAAAGCACCACCUGCCGACAUUGAAGGAAUAGCAGCUGAAGCUUCAGCAGGUUACCAAAAAAGUCUUGGUUGCGAACCAGUUGCAAGCCCAAAACUUGUUAGAGUUGGGCCCAAAUGGGUCGUAUUUCUGGUGUCAGAUGCUGAGAAAUGUUAUGGCGUUAAUCCUGACUUCGCUAAGUUAAAGCACAUAUCUAACAUUUUUGAACAUACCGGACUUAUCCUUGCAGGCUCUAAAAGUGGUUCGAUGACAAAUUUCGAAAUGAGAGCAUUUGCUCCUGCCGAAGGUGUGGACGAAGAUCCUGUAUGUGGCAGUGGCUCCUUGGCCCUUACCAGAUAUUUGCACGAUCAUUUCAAGUAUAGCGAAACUACUCAAAUCAAUAUAACAGAAGGAGGCAGACUCGGAAGAGACGGUCAUAUUAAGACAUGCGUCUCAAUCAUUGAGUCAGAGACAUCUUACUCGACAGGAGGAGACGCAAUUACAAUUAUUAAUGGAACUAUUUCUAUUUAA